CUUCCUGCGACUAACGGCUAUGUCACACGGGCCGAGUGCUUCUUUGUCAGUCACUUCUGGCAGUCGAAAAACAACCCGGAUCCCAGUGGCAAAUAUCUACGCCUCCAUCAACAAGAGCUCCGGUCGCAACAUUGGUCAUACAUUUGGAUUGACUGGACAUACGUUCCUCAGCAUCCCCGUACUCAGAACGAGGAGAUCUUCUUCCAACGCACGCUGCAGACAUUGUCAGGACUCAUUCGCAAUUGCGGUUUUGCAUGGUGUUACCCACCCUUCGAAGCACGGCUGUGGAUUCUAUACGAAGUCGCAGAAUUCACUCUCUCAUAUACCGACGCACUCUGUCAUAGCCCAGACAUCAAGAAAUUCGCGGACCAUAUCAACGAGAUGGUGCAGGUUGGAGUUCGUCCAACGCUCAUUAGAAACGGCUAUAGAUGCUCGUAUGACCGUGAUAAAGAGUAUCUCACCUCAUGGCUUGAAGUACUUGUACUUCUGAGACAAUUGCUCGUCGAUAUUCAAGAUGUCAGAGAUCUGCUAGACAAACUCACGUGGUUUCCUGGCGCAGGAGUUAUACUCACGCAUACAACGAAUGGUGUGAAAAUUCUCCGUUUUGAAGGUCGGUUGAUUGUAAGUGGAGAGGAAUACGCCUUCACUCCGUUCCCCAAA